GGGGUAGCGAUGUCGUGGCGUUUGGGGUGACUGGUGACUGAGGAGGGCCCGGAAGCCGGAGCUUGGCCGCUGACGCGCAGAGCCGCUUCCUCAGCAGGUGGGGGAGCCGGUCCCCUGCCCAUCCCGCCGCAGGGAUGAGGCGCGCUGGGCUGGGUGAAGGAGUAGCUACUGGUAACUAUGGCUAUACCAAUAGUGGGUAUAGUGUACACGAAGAAGAAAAUGAAAGGUUAACUGAAAGUCUGCGUACAAAAGUCUCUGCCAUAAAAUCACUUUCCAUUGAAAUUGGAACAGAAGUUAAAAAUCAAAAUAAAAUGUUAUCCGACAUGGACUCUGACUUUGAUUCUACAGGUGGAUUUCUAGAUGCGACUAUAGGCAGACUGAAAACACUCUCCAGAGGGAGCCAGACAAAACUAUUGUGCUACAUGAUGCUCUUUGCACUCUUUGUCUUUUUUGUAAUUUACUGGAUUAUUAAACUGAGAUGAUGCAAAUUAUAUCCAGUUUUUUUGUGCCACUUCAACAGAAUUACAAAAUGGUCUUAAUUUGUGAGGACAAACCUUAAAUUUACAUGCUCUGUUGAUAAAUAUGGUUAAAUGGUUAUUGUAAAUUAUAUUAGGUAUCAGUGCAUUUGUUAUGUAUAUUUUGUCUUGAUGUUUAUCAUUCCGGAAGCUUUCUUAUCAUAUCCCCUGUUUUCUGGGGUUAACAAAUGUUAUCUACUACCUUGUGCAUAUUUACAUCUUGGCUCAAGUUACUUCUUGGGGAAAUAUC